GUGUAGUAUCGGGGUGUGGCGCAUAUCAAUAUACCUCGGAGGUUUCCCUAUGCAGCUUCAGCCCGACGGCUCGGAGGUCGCGUCAUCCCACGGUCGACUUCCGCACCAAGUCUACAACACCCUUACGUCUUCGCGCAAUCUCAAGACGCUCGACCCAACGGUUGCUGUGAACCGCAUUUGUCUUCACAGUCGCCAUGUAUCUGCUUGAAUAAAUACUGGAUUAAUCAACACCUCGAGUAGUUCUGCUUACCUACCCAUCCUCGGAGAUCCGCACCGCCCGCAAUGGAGACGCCAGGCGCGUCCGCGAACGCGACUUCGUUCUUGCCGUCACCAGCGGACUUACUCAUGGCAUUACCUCGCCUCUUCUCCAAGGCCAGUUCCCUCGGCGACAUGAUGCGCUCGGGUGGAAGCGUUAUCGCGGAACCUACGGCCAAUAUGACAAACAGCACCAUGACGACUACAGGCUCGGGAUUUGUACAGGAAUCCAUUGCUGCAGCGGCUUCUGCGAUUUCGACCGAGGGCGAGAUGACCGUGUGGCAAGCUUUGAGGAACGUAGCCGCCUGGUUCAGCUACAUCACCUCCAAAUGGGCCGUCGCAACAUUCGCCCUGGCAAUCGUGCUUAAUAGAACCCACUUCUAUGCCAACAGCCGCGUUCCACUUUCCUUCGACCGCCUCUACCUUCGCUUCGCCCUCUACAUCAUGCCCUUGGUCCUCUUCCUCUAUCAGACGCAGAAUACUCUACGAGCUAUACGCUGUCAAACCUCCCCAGGUUGGUCAGAGAUGCAGUACGGAGCGGAUGGUAGGCAGCUGGAUACAGACUUCGGUGGCGAAGGCGGCUUUCUCUGGCAGGUCACCUCAAAAAUACUCUUCUGGGAGACCACAGAGAGCUCAUGCCGAGCCGCGAAUAUGUUACCCAUCGGUCCGGCAACCACGCGGCCUUCUGGAUCACUAGCGCUUCUAUGGCCCAUGUUUGUGACCCUUGGAUUUGGCCAGUUCGUCGAUACCUUGGCUUGCGCCCUUCAAGGAAGACGCCCGAUUCAGGAAGUCGGAAUGACCAUCUUCGAACAUUCGCUCGCAUUUGCAGAGGCUGAGGCUGUCGUCACGAAGCCCCUAGCGGUGGACUCCGUACGCUUCUUCAAACCGAAGUCUGUCUUCACUCCAGAUGGUGCAUCCUCCAUGAUUCCAAGGUCGAAGCUCUCUAAGAUCGCCAAUGUACCACCGGAAGUGCUGUUGAUUUCCCUCAUCUCUAGUUUCAGCCACUUCAUGAGCAACUUGUUAGCAAUCGCUGGAGUGCGCUCUAGAUGGCGACUCGUCACGACAACAAUCUGCGGGCUCGCCUACAUGUCAGCGUUUGCGUGGAGCUGCAUUCGUCUAACAACCAUGGUCGCUGAUCCAGACCACUAUGUGGGCAUUUUGAGGUUUCCCACUGUAUGCAUCAUUGGAUUCAUCCCACACUUACUGAUACUUGUGGGCAUCGCGGUAUGCGCACUAAUAUACCUGCUGGCCUUCAUCAUUACUGUAAUCUCUCCACCUGCAGGACAUGUCGACAGUUUGUCCCUAAGAGAGAGAUUUGCAUCCGCCUACGGCAAUCUACAUGCCAACAUUCAUCUAUCCUCGAUUACGCCUUUGACUAUUAAUUGGCACGAAGACUUCUAUACGACCAUACUCAAGGUAGGCUACGUCAUUCUGACAUCCGCCAGUGAAGCCGUGUUUCUCAACGAAGGAACCAAGGUCAAUGUGCACCCAAUGACCUGGCUCGAAAAGCAAAGACUGCAGGAAUUGCUCGCUCGGCGGAGAAGAACACGAGAGAUGAUCACCGACAUCCCGUCCGAGCUCAGGAACGACACAUUCGCGCAAGGCAUCGAGGUAGUUGACGAGCUCAACGAUGUCAGAACGGAUACAUCAUUGUCAGGUUAUGCAAAAGAACGUAAGACGCGAGGAGUACAGGCAUCCACUGAACCAGCCAUUGGACAGAAUGAUCCUGCGAUUCAACAACGUAGUCGCUACUUGCAGACCUAUCAGUUCUUCUUCCGUAUAUCAAAGUUGCUUGUACUUAGUCUCGCAAGGGUUACGGACUGGGCGUUGACUAAGAUCUCGAUCAGCUACCGGCCAAGAUGGCUGCAACGCGCUGUUGGAUUCCACGCUGAUCAUGUUGAUAAAAUGUAUGCUCCGCGAUACCCCGAUCAACCGUCGGCAAGAGAGGCAUGGCUUACCACAGAUGACCGGUCUCGGAUUCGCCAGGAUCGGAAUUUUGAUGUUGAGGUCUUCGCGAAGGAGAGGCUUCGACAGAGUGGGUUCUAUUCGGGACCCAAUGGGGAAGAUUCUGAAGAACGCCUUGACGACUACCUGUACUCCUGGUGGCGCAAUGGUAGCCUAUGGAAUGACGUUGACAACACCAGAGACUAUGUUGACUCGCAAGAUGAUGACACGACUAGUGUAGUGUCAUUUGCUACCACCACAGACAACGACGAGUGGUCAGACGUGGACGACGGCCAAAGAACACCUACGCGUGCAACAUACCAGCGGAGUCGGGAAGCAACACCCAUACCUGACGAUGCAAUGGACUUCUCUCGACUCUCUCAACUUCUGGAUCCUAAAUCUAGCGAGGAUCGUGAAGAGGCCAGGCUACUAUCUCGCCACCUCCAGAGCUCCAAUAUCAUGACACGCUCGCAGUACCGCAAAGCUCUUGAGCGCGAAGAGGCGAAGAUCCUCACGACAUCACGCUAUAAGAUGAGCGGCGGCGGCGUCAACAUGUCGCCCGAAGAAGAAGAGCAACUUCUGGAAGAUCUUAUUCUCAGUCGUCGGAACGCAACAGCCCCGCAAGGCGCAAGUACAGCUGGAAGCUGGGACACGGGUGCAGAAGAGGCCGAUACUGCAGUCGGGACCCUGGAAAAAGAUGGACUGAAGCGCGUCGCGUCUCCCUCACCACCCCCGAGGGACAGGAUCACCGAAUACGAGAAUGCGCUGAAGUCUUCACCGCGAAAGCCUGCUGACGGGCCCCUCUUCGAGAUCGUCAAGAGCAACAAGAAGCCCAGCGAUAAGAGCGCGCCCAUCGCGAACCUGCCUAAUGAGGUUCUGAUUCAUGCUAUCGCCCACCUUUCACCAAACGAUCUCGCCGCCGUAUCCCUUGUCUCUCGCCGCUUUCAUGAUGUAGUCACUACCCCACACGCCUGGCAGGUGGCAUUCGGUCGCUACUUCCCUGGCCCACACUCACUCGAAGAUGCCGCCUUUCGCUCAGCCCUCGAGGGCAGUGGCUCAGUCGUGCGGUCAGAGAAGAGACGCUUUACCAGGCUCACUGCGCUGGCAUCGUGGAGAAGCGAGUACAUUCUACGCACGAGACUGUUGCGAUCUUUGGUCAGGGGCAAGCCUGUACAGGUACCUGCAACACCGUCCCGCGCGUCUCAGAUGCAGACCAUCACCCCAAUGAUAACCUAUGAUGCCAAAACGUACACCAUCAUCAAUCAUCUGCAGGCCACAUUCGGAACCGGCUUGAAUAAGAAGAUGCCGCGCUUCAUCCAUGGUGCAGACGACAUCGGCAUGGUGACCAGCAGCGAUCCGAUGACCGGCAAAGUAGAUCCUUGGGGACAAAGCGACCCGCACUUCUAUGGUCAAUUCUCAGAACGCUUUCCGGGUACCGCUGAGUGGGGUCUGGGCUCAGGAGAGGUCGUCGGGCGGCCCAAUGUUAUGGACAUAUCGCAGCCAUACGGUAUGAUCUAUGGCCAAGGCUGUCCUGAAGGCUCGUGUUACUACCGUUCGCUUGAGGAGAUGCGUGGUCGAUUCAUAGCUGAACCCACCGAUUUUGCUAUGCCUGAAGUCGGUAUACCAAAGCUGGGCAUCGAUGGCGGUGCUAUUUGCAGCGUCUGGAUCGCCAAGUCAAACACGAUCCCGACCCUUUCGGAUGGCUUGAUUGGGAUGAUGAUGGGAUCUGCAGCUGGUGUCGUCAGUGCCUGUAGCAUCGGUACGGAUGGUCUUCGAUCAUCCCGUGUACAGCGUGGGGAGCUGACUGCUCGCUGGGUUCUAAGUCCAGGAGUACCUAUCAUCGCUAUCGCUGUUGACGAACAGUACUCAACCAAGCGCUAUGCUCAGAAUCGCAUUUGGGCGGUCGCUCUUAAUGCACUAGGCGAGAUCUUCUAUUUGACCAAAUUCCCGACCCGCAGCCAGGCUAUGAAGGGCGAUAUUGAGCACUAUUCCGAGUAUUUGGGUUGGCUCACUGGCCGCAGCGUGUACUGGAACUUGGUAGAGCCCAGCCGACGGACUGCGAGGCCUGAUCCGUACAGCGAUGCCGAUGUCGACGGUAGUUAUUCGCCGCGAACCUCGUGGGAUGGCAUGUGCUUGAGUAAGGAUCAAAUUAUCGCCGAAACAAGGGAGAUACAAGAAUUUCUUCGCAAGCAGCCAAAGCAUUUCCGAAAAGCAUGCCUUGGAUGGGAUAUGCGACGAACGCUCGAGGUUGACUUUGCUGGAGACGACGGAAAUCAUGCUGGGGAAUCCGUAGUGGUCUUCGAAUGCGGGCUCGAGGAGGGAGACAUCGCCGAUGUAAAACGAUUCACCCGAUGUAAGACUGACGAAAAGGACAAGGGUACGAACAUCUCGAGUCGCAUUUCUACGCCUCAGCCUGCGCAAACUACAUCUUUAUUCGGCGGCACUGGCGUGGAUCCUACAAAGCCUCUUCGUGGUCGCAGCUCUUCAUACAUCUCGACCACAAGUUCACCAGAACGAGCCGCUCUAUUCGAGGAAUGGAGGUGCUCAAAGCUGACUUUCGGCGGGUUCAAGAGCACUCAGGUGACUACAACUGCUUUGGACGUCUCUACCUUCGCCACUUUGACCUUGUUUGAGGAUCCUGCGCUUGGUUUCUCAACAGCCUCGACUGCAUCCUCCCCUUACUCUUCCCCGAUGUCCGUUGCAAGCCAGCCGGCCUCUCCCUCUGACAUUCCCGGCCAACGCGCAAGAUUUCUAGCUGCGGGUACCAAAUCUGGCGUGGUGCUACUUUGGGAUGUCCGGGCGCCUACAUCGCGCUCAUCGGAGUAUGCGAACGAUAUUGAUCCUGUUCGUAUUAUCUACACUGACUCGCCAGAGAUAUCCUGCUUGGCUGUCACCUCACUCUAUCUCGUAGCAGGUGGGAACGACGGCUUGGUACAGGCAUGGGAUCCACUGGCUUCGAGCAUGUCGCCCAUCACAACGCUUCACUCCCGACACGCGUCGCGCGCUCGUAGACAGCUUGUGCAGGCUCAAGCUUCCGUUCAAGGAGUCGGCAUUAACAUGUUUGCUGCUGGUGCCGUAUGCCUAGAUCCUGAUCCGACCGUCUUACGCGGUGCAGUGUCUCUUGGUAAUCAGCUUCGAUUCUGGAGUUACAGCUCAUCUGCAGCCGACCAGUAUAGAAGCAGUAAACGCAGGCUUCGACGAGCUGAGCGUGGAAGCAACAAUACCACAGAGCGCUUUGCUGGUACUGGAAGAGUCAACCUGAAGAAUUACAUCGCCAACGAGCAGUUUGAGUUGGAGCGUGACAAACAGGAGCGUCACAAGCAGGCCGAGCGUUUGGCAGGCCGUUUUGGCACAGAGUUACUAAGUGAGGAGGAAGCUCUAGCAUACGCUGCAAUGCUCUCGCAAGAGGCUAUGGAGGCAGAUGAAUUACGCCGCAUUGAGCGCGAAAGUAGUGCCCUGAAGAGUGAGCCUGUAACGCCAGAGGCGAGCAUCCAAGGCCAGCCUUCAUCGACUGAUGCCAAAGAUGAUGAUGAACUGGAUGCCGACAUCGCUGAAGCCAUUCGUCUUUCUCUCAACGAUAGCUCCGGAGCUGGCAGCUAUGAGCUCGCCUCGACGCCUCCAUCUGCGUUCGACAUCCCGAUCAAGUACGCCAAAAGCAAGAAAUCUCCGCCAUCCCACUCCCGAAAGAGCACGCCCAGGAAGGGUAAGGCCGCUGCCGGAUCAAGUAACGAGAGCGAGAUGUCAGAUUUGGAGUUUGCUAUGCAGCUGAGUCUUGCUGAAGAGCAAAGUCGGAAGGAUGCCGAGGAUGCUUUCCCACCGCUCAGUCCAGCGGCUGGCAGCAAGGGCAAGGGUAGAAUGUGGUAA